UAGUGGGUCGAUAGGGGUACGAUAGUGUUUGUGUUUUCUCAUAACUUCAGGUUGAAGAUGACUGUACGAUAGGGGUACGAUAGUGGUUCGACGUUGGUACGAUAGUUUGUGUUUUCUGAUAACUUGAGGUUGAGGGUGAAGGUACGAUAGGGUACGAUAUUGGGUACGAUGUGUGCCCGAUAGUGGGAACAAAUUGUUGUGUUGUUAUAUUCCGAUGGUGUACGAUGUGUGGUACGAUGGUGCACGAUAAUGUUAUAGUUCCAGUUUUUAAUUUUUUUUCAUUGGUGUCCGAUAUGGUGCGAUAGUGUCCAAUAGUUGCUCGAUAGUAGAUUGCAGAAUAUAAAAUUUGAUGUUUUUUUUUGUUAUUCUAUUUAAUUGGGUAUUUAUUUGUUUUAUGCAGAACUUAAGACCUCCACAACUGAUAGUUCCAGUAGAGGAACAUUUUACGGGACGUAUCACUUGGCGCGGCAGUUGGUACUUUCCAAAGAUUAAAGCAAAAUUUAUACAGUGUGGUUUAUUGGAUAGGGUGAAGGAAUCCCCUUUCAAACAGUUCUUCAUGGCGGAACCAUUAAAUUUUUCUAGUGCCUUAGUCCAUCAGCUGUUGUUGCACAAAUUCAGAGGGGAGAAGACUGACGAAGUCCAGUUUUAUAUUGGGAAAAAACGAUGUAGAUUUAGCCAAUUGGAGUUCGCUUUAGUUACUGGUUUAAAUUUUGAGGUCGGACCGUCUGAAGCUGAGAUUAAAGCGAAGACCACUUCGGAUCGGUUGAUUCUUGAGUACUUCAAUGGUCAUUCCCCAGUGAGCAUAGGGAAACUGCGCAGAACUUUUGAGAGUUGUCAAAUAGUUGAUGAUGUGUACAAGAUGGGUUUGUGUUUAUUAGUAGAGGGUGUUUUGAAAGGUCGUGAGGAGAAGUUGAUGGUUUGGACUGACAUGCUGAAGAUGGUAGAUGACGUUGACUUCUUUUUCCAGUACCCGUGGAGGAAGAUAUCAUACCAGAAGUUGUUACAAACUUGUCAAAAAGACUUUGUAGAAAUGAAGAAGCAUUUACAGAAGAAGAUUGAGAAAGGAAAGACUCAGAAGGAGGCCAAGUACUCUAUUUAUGGGUAUGCUGCAGCAUUGCAGUAUUGGGCUUUUGAGUCCAUCAUUGAGUUGGGUCAGGAUUAUGCUGUGAGAUUGGGCCAAGGCAUUCCAAGAAUGAUCAACUGGCAGAGCAAGGAGAAAGUAGAGAUACACAAAGAGCAACUUAUUAAAUUGUUUGCCAAAAAGUUGACAGUAUACCCCUACCUGUGUGCCCGACCUGCUGAAAAACAAUAUGUGAGGUCCCUUACAGACAAUGAAGCCCCAUUGUAUGUGGACAUGGGGUUAGAGGAACUAGAGGUGGGUGCCGAUGGAUAGCCUACACAGGAAGCCUUACAGAGCCAGGCUGAAAAGCUUGCUGAAAAGUUAGCUGAGCAAGCAGAAGCAGCAAAUAUUUUUAAGGAGGUUUCACCACCUCCAGCACCUGAGGCACCUGAGGUUCCCCCAUCAGCACCUCAUGCCAGCACCUCCUCCCAAGCUGA